CUGAAACAGCUCAACCAACCAUGAGAAGCAGCCUGCUUGUGGCACUUGGCCUUAUGGCCUUAGCAGCCGUUGUCUCCGCUAGGGAGAUUAGGGAGAAGAGGGAUGCUGACCUCGAAACUGCUGCUUCAGGCCAUCACUGGGACAAAGGAGGUGGCCACGAGCACCACGGGCACCACCAUCACGACCACGGCGACCAUGGCCACAAGGAUCACAAGGGACAUCACGAGCACCACCAUGGCAAACAUGGACAUCACCACCACGAAGGCCACAAAGGACACCACGGAGAGCAUGGCGGUCACAAGAAGCAUCAUCACCAUGAUGACGGCUACCAUCAUCACCACCAUCAUGGCGAGAAAGGCGACCAUGGACACGGACAUGAAGAGCACGGCCACUGGCACAAAGGACACGACACGAAGGGACACCACGGAAUCGAAAAACACGAUGAAUUCAAAAAGGACAAACACUUCCAUGACCACCAUGGUGAGAAAGGAUUCCAUGAACACCAUGGCGGUCAUCACCACGAAGACGGCUACAAGAAGGGUGGUCACUUCCACAAGGGACACAAGCACGGCGGCCAUCAUGAACAUCACCACGGCAAGAAGGGUCAUCAUGAGGAUGGUGGUCAUCACCACGAUCAUAAAGGGCACCAUGGCGAGGGUGGACACCACGAGCACUGGCACCACCAUCACGAUCAUGGCAAGAAGGGCGGUCACGAGGACCACAAGCACUGGGGACACAAGAAGGGUCAUUAAUCUGAGGCUAGCUGGUUCUAGUCGAAUCUUGUUAUUUGUUGACUUAUUACAAACAUGUUUAUUUGUUAUG